UUAAAGAAACAGGAGAGAAAAAGUAAUCAAAAUGGCGAAGGGGAACUAAAACAAGUGAAGGCGAUGUUGAGAAGUGUACUUCUCAGUUGUAAGGAAGGUGUCGCAUCACAGAGAUUCUUGGUUGACUACCGUGAUGUGACUGGGGAGUACCUGCCGUAUAAGAAGUUUGGUUUCAGCAGCGUCUCCGACUUCAUCGCCUCCAUCCCCGACGUUGUACAUGUGAGAAGGCAAGGCGGGGAGGAAAUAUACCAUGCUGUGGCAGAUGAAACCACGGCCCACAUCCAGAAGCUGGUGUCCAAACAGAGGAGCAAGAAGACAAAGAGGCCACUCCGGAAGGCACCAGUGAGGAACCAAUUCCGUUUUGGCAACCGACCAAUGGGCAGGGGGUACACACCUCCAUACCAACCUCAGGGAGGCGGGUACUCAAGACCUCCAGUUCAUCAGCCUCACUAUGCGGCAGUUAGGAGAUUUGAUCCACGGCCUUAUGUAUCAUCUCCACAAGUACAUAGAGCACCUCUGCUGCCACUGCCCAGGUCCUCUCCAGAGGAAUGGUCCAGCUCAUCACCACCCUCCUCCCCUAUGAACAGUAAUGAAGCCUUCCACAACUUCCAGAUCACACUGCAUAACUCUGCUGGCAGUAGGAUGGUUGGUGCCGGGUAUGGUGGUCCAAGACCCCGAGCAGGGCGUAUGAUAAUGAGGGCAGUGUCUGAGGCAGUGAUGGAUUGCCAGGGACAGCCGAGACCGAACAGUAUUAAAUUUGGGCACAAGUUUGAAGUUCCACCACGUUUUCGCCGGAAUCACGAUUUAUUAGGAUUAGGAGAGCCGUUCCCAGGGCUGCCGACUCCCCUACCCCUACCUGUCCAGAUGAUGUUCUAUGGGGAUGGCACAGACUACCUGGAGAAGCUCAAUAAGUACAUUUGGAAACGGAACCUGCUUCCUAUCAAGUUUGACACCACCCAGGCCAAGAGUGGACUGUACGUCAGUUCCGUGAAAGUAGAUGGGAGGGUGUUUGCCAGUAUUGAUCUGUUUGCCACAGCACAGGAGGCUGAGUAUGUAGCAGCCAAGAAUGCCUGCAAUGCCCUGGAAGUGGACAAAGAUGCAUCUCCUGUGGCCGCCAGCAGUAGCAUGGCCGUGUCUGAUACUGCCCUCCGAGACUGGAUACGAGAGACCCUGGAUCCUCUCCUUAAUGGCCUGUGGGGCUGCUGGAUCCCUAUUCUGUUUAAGGAAAAGUUUCUUGAAGAGGCCCCAGCUCAUUUAUUGAGCGCAAGAUUGGCACAUGGGAGGACCUUGUUGAAAUCAGUGCAGGUGAAGUUCCUGGACUAUGGUAAUACUGAGACCGGCCCCAGUGUCCUCCAUCCGCAGCUGCCCGACACAACAGCCAGCAUUGCAGCUCAGAGCCAAGACGAACCAUCUCCGUCCCUGAAGGAGUUCUCCGAGGUGGUGAAGGACUCGCCCUUAUCGGCCCUCACUGUGGCCUAUAACACAGAUGGUCAAUGUGAGGUUGAACUACACAAGGAUGACAUGUCCAUCAAUGACUACCUGAUCAAGAAGGGUCUUGUGAAGAGCGAGAGACUGUGUUACUACCUGAUGACAAGUUCCUGGAUGUGUAUGUGUGCUUCAUCAGUCCGACCUGGCUGUCACUAUCAGGAUAGUGGUGAAGAGUACUCUGACAAGCUGGAUGUGUUUGAAGCCCAGCUGGAGGACUGUUUCAAGAAGGCUGACCCAGACACAUUCAUAGCUCCGGUGGCGGUGUGUAUCGCCAGCAUGGACGGCCUGUACCAGCGGGUGCUCAUCAACUCAGUGACUGACGGCAAGGCUGAGUGCUACUUCACCGACCACGGCGAUACCGAGAACAUCAGCCUCUCACAACUUCGUUCACUACCGCUAGAUCUCAAUACCUCUCUGCCAUAUCAGGCUGUGCGCUGUUACCUGAAUGGGCUUGAGAAAGUGACAGAUACAGUGACCGCUCUGGAGAGCCUGCUGGACAUGGCCCUGGGCAAGACUUGUGUGGCAGAAAUAGUUGACAGAGAUGAGAGAUUGUCUGUGAUCCUGUAUGACACAAACGAUGACAAUGAUUUGGACAUCAACAAAGCUGUCAUCAAAGCAAUCCUUGCCAAGGAUCCCCAAAACUUAAACGUAACAGAAGGAGCAGCAGCAGCAGCAGCAUCCUUGCCACAGCCUCCUUCCACACACUCCAACUCUGUGUCCCAAAGAGUGACAGCUCCAGUUCAAGACCCAUUCCCCACUGCUGUGGUUAACAGUGAACAGUCUAGGAACAGUAAUGGCACAGUGAAGUCUGAGCCCACACUUCCAUCUAGUCAUGGGGGGUUAAACAAGGCGUUUGUCAGGAGAAAAAUGCCUCAGCCCGAGUUGGUGGAUAUUCCUGGUGUUGGAGAGUUCUUUGAUGUCCAUGUUUUGUGGGUGUCCGAUCCAACUAAUUUCUGGUGUACGCCGUACAAGAUGGUGUUAUGUCUCGAGAAUAUGAUGAAGGAUCUCAAUACACACUUCAACUCUCACACUAAGCGUGUUGUGCUGGAAGAGAAGGAUUUGACUGCAGGGAUGCUGAUGGCUGGCUGCCUGGAGGGAGCCUGGUACCGCAUCAUAAAGAAUAUCAUAGAGCAUCAGAUGUCCGUGUACUUCCCUGACUAUGGGCAGUACAACAUCCUGGGGAUUGAGGAUCUGCAGCCGUUACCAGAACAGUUUUAUGCACUGCCGCUAUGUGCAGUCAAAGCCAAGUUGCACGAUAUCAGCCAAGACGAUAGAUCAGCACAUAAAGGUAUCAACUUUGUGAGGAUCAACAAACCCUGGUCUGAGGCGGCCAAGUACAAGUUCAUGGAGAUGGCCCAGGGACGGGACUUUGUGUGCUUGGUGUGUGACAAGAACAAGAGCUCUGGCAUGGUGUCUGUGAAGCUGGUGGACACGUCCAGUGACCAGGAAGAUGUCCUCAUCGACGAAGUGCUGAUUGAUAUGAAUUUUGCACGGAGUUUGGACUCAUGAUGAAACUGUACAAUCUGCAAACAUGAUAAUGGUAGUUCACGGAUGGCUUGAGCAUAGCAUGGAAAGCUUUGAGGUCUGUGUGUGGAAUCCUUUCUAAGCAAUUUUUGCCAUUGUAAUUGAACUUCUUAUUGGUGUGACUGAGUGGGUUGUCAGCAACACAUACUCUUGUAAUGAUUGUAUUUGAAUUCCAUGCUAUUGAAUCCAUAAUGUAGUUGAAGUAUAGCCAAUGUAUUAAUCUGUAUGCAUGAGCAGUGUGUACCUCAAUAAUACAUUGUUUUAAAACAUUCACAUAGUCACACUGUAUCCAAUACAUGUAUUCAAGUUUAUUCGAUCCCACACAGCAUUAGGUCUGUCACUGUGGGCAGACGAAGACCUGUAGGGCAAAGGUGACGCGUGUAAUACAGCCCUGGACUAGUGAUUUCAUGUGUGGUGCAUAAUGGAGAAAUCAGAUCAGGAGCACUGGGAUUGUGUGUCUGUCAAGUGAUUGUUAGAACGACCUCUCUGACCAAAUAUGAUAUUACAAAUUGAUUGUAAUUGGUAAUAUUGAGUUCAGCCAUUUUUUACACAACGUAUUUGACAAUCAGCGUGGUGACAUGGAUUCUUAUGAAGACUAUAUGACAAGACACUGUUAUAUCUUACUGACAGCAGUAUCUAAAGUUUACAAGACUCUUGCUGCAGUUUGGUUACCUUUGUCUCGAGUCUGGUGGAGGAGCUUUAAAUGAUGGACAGUGUGCUUAAAUUUCCCUACACAGUGCAUCAAGAAGCACACCAUAUCAUAGGGAAAGGACUGUACAUAGUAACUGUGCCAAACGCUUCCUGUGAUACGAGAGUGAGACUGCAGUA